AUGAAGAAUUUUAUUAUUCUUCUUUUAUUUAUCUCGUCAUCACAAUUUUCAAUAUCCAGUCGAAAACAAAAUCAUUAUGAUCAAAGACAAUUGGAAGAAAUUAUUGAGAUUUUAAAAAUAAAAUUUACAGAUGAACUUGAAGAACUAAUAUCAACUAAUUAUAAUAUAGAACAUCACAAUGAUAAUCCUAAGCAAUCAGAAAAUUAUGAACCUGAAGUUGAUCCUAAUGAUCAUGUUGAUAUUAAAUUAUGGAAUAAACUAAAUGAAAAAGAUAUGAAAAAAAUGCCAGUCAUUGAUGAUUAUUCAGAUGAAGCUAUGGCUAUGCAAUGGUUAAAAUGGUAUAUUCCCAUAGCAAAACGCUAUAGUCAAGUAGGUGCUCUUCUCAAUUGGAAUUAUGAAACAAAUAUAACUAAAGAAAAUCAAGCAGCAAUGACUGCACAAAAUCUUAUUCGAUCACCCUUUAGUCGUCUAGUACUACCGAUAGCAAAAAAAAUCAAUGAACAUAUGAAAUAUUCAAAAGAUGAUGAUUUAAAACGUAUAUUUGGUCGUUUAGCAACAGGUGCAACCAGUGAUAAUAAUGAUGAUGUAAAACGCACUUCUAAGUUACAUGGUCAAUUAGAAGAUAUUUAUUCAACAACAAAAGUUUGCGAAUUAAAUGAUAAUAAAAAAUGUUAUACACUUUCACCAUAUAUUGAACGACUAAUGCAAAUUGAAAAAGAUUAUGAUCGUUUAUUAUGGGCAUGGAAAGGUUGGCAUGAUGGAUGUGGAAAUAAAAUUCGUUCAGUUUAUUUACCUUAUAUUGAUUUAUUGAAUAAGAACUCUAAAGAAAAUGGAUAUCAUGAUCUAGCUGAACGUUGGAUUGAAGACUACGAAAUGGGUAAUGUUACCGAAUUCGAAGGUACUAUCGAUCAAAUUCUAAAAGAUAUCAUGCCACUCUAUGAACAA